CAUCUGCAGACGAUUAUAAUUUUCCGCUUUUAACAAAAGUUCGGCUGCAUGCAAAUCGCCAAAUAUUAAAUGAUUAUUGUGUCUAUUUUAAAAGUGUUUAUAAUCUCUAAUGGUGAUUAUACAAACUAGAAAUUUAUAUUAUUAUGUCUUCGUAAUCAGUGCUUUAUUUCAAUGUUUUAAUUGUUUGGUUCUUCGUUUUGUGGAAAAUGGGAAAGCUUCGACUUUUAACUACACAAGAAAAGGACUUACAAUCAGCCUGGACGACAGCGAUAAAUGCAUGCCAGACAUCGGUUGCUUCAGCGCAGGACCACCCUUCUUCCACCCCGUCCACAGGCCAAUCAGCCUCCUGCCACAAGACAGAGACGAUGUGGCAACGGCCUUCCUGCUUUAUACUAGGAAAAACACCCACUUCUUUCAGUUCCUGAGAGCCGGAGAUGUUCCUAGUAUUCUGAAUUCGAAUUUUCUGCUGGAAACAGAAACUAAAAUUAUCAUCCCUGGAUGGAUAGAUAACAUGAAAGUUUCGAAUUGGAUGCAGGAUAUGAAGGACGCAUUUUUAAAUUAUCGUGACUGCAAUGUAAUCAUUGUGGAUUGGACAAAAACGAAUGGAAUACCCUUCGCCAUGGCCGUUGCCAACUCGAGGGUCGUCGGAGCUGAAGUGGCGCUCUUAGUAAAUUUUCUGGAGGAUUCAUUUGGCGUAGAUCCAGAGUCAUUCCAUAUCAUUGGCCACAGCUUAGGUACAGAAGUCGCUGGUUAUGCCGGGGAAAGAAUCAACAGACUUGGAAGAAUAACAGCUUUGGAUCCAGCUGGGCCAUAUUUCAGAAAUGUGUCAACUGUGGUCAGACUCGAUCCCUCUGAUGCUUUAUUUGUUGAUGCAAUUCAUGGUCAUUCCAGUGACAUUGAUACGGACAAACCAAGUCGACUGGAACAAACAGGCCACAUCGAUUUUUACCCAAAUGGAGGAGAACAUCAACCAGGAUGUCCAGAUCCUGCAGUGAAGUCUUUCAUCAAGAAAGGCGUACUAGAAGUUGCCCGCAACCUUGUGGUGUGCGAUCAUUACAGAGUAAUCGAUUACUUUAUGGCUACUAUUCCCAAUCACUAUGGCUGCAGGCCAGUUGGCGUUGCCUGUGAUUCUUGGGAGAAUUUCGUGGCCGGGAAAUGCUCCGAUUGUGCUGUGGAUGGAAGUCAGUGUGCCACCAUGGGUUUCCGAGCAGAUGAGAAGAAAGACAUCAUCAAACAGCAUCCACCAAGGAAAUUCUAUUUAUAUACUAGUGCCAAGUCGCCUUUCUGUGUUCAGCAGUAUCAUAUUUCCAUAAAGCUGAGGGACACUGGAUGGGCCGUGGAUAAUGUUGGAGAUAUGGAAAUUAUUUUAAAAGGGCGCUUUGGAUCAAAAACUGUAAAUAUUGAUAAGAGAAAUGUAGCAAUCAAUUCAGGAAUGAUUUACAGGACCAUAGUUCACACUCCGGAAGACAUCGAUGUUCGUAGCAUCGCUUUCCGAUGGGCAUGUGCAAGUUUUAAGCUUUCAGAAUCCAUAAGAAUCACAAUAAAUCCAACAGCAGAGGGGUGUAAACUUUUCUUGCACAGUGUAAUAGUCACUACUUACACGACUUCAUUGACGAAUCCAGGAAAGCAGCUUGUGAUCUGUGGACCAAAUAGACCUAUACCACCCAAUGUUUACUGCAAUUUCAAAUCAGAACUGCACUGUAUUUCAGAUCUAUACUGAACAACACAGAUCAACAAACCAUUUAAUUU